GUGUGGUUUUAUCUUGACUGGCUGUCCCCUGUCUGCCUUCCGGCUGCUUGCAGGGAAGACGUAGUUUUUCGACGAGUGAUAAAAGAGGGGUUGGCGCUCUUUUCGUCUAAUUUCUUUAUUUGUUUGCGGGAAUAAGUGUCGGUGUUUUUAUCUGAUUUCUUGAUCAAGCUGUCACAGAGAAACAUUUCUACCUCCCAUGUCGGGCCGAAAUAUCAACCUCCUCAGCCUAGAUGGCGGGGGCGUGCGAGGUCUCUCUUCACUUAUCAUUCUGAAGGAGAUCAUGGAAUCCAUAGAUCGAGAGAAUCCCCCCAAGCCAUGCGAUUACUUUGAUCUGAUAGGAGGCAGCGGGUCGGGUGGGUUAAUAGCGAUCAUGCUUGGGCGUCUGGAAAUGGAUAUCGACCAGUGCAUCCACGCCUACAAGCUGCUAUCGCAGAACGUGUUCUCCCAGAAGAGACUCCUACCAAUCGGUAGCAAUCUGCGCAGUCGCGCGAAAUACGAUGUUAAGAAGGUCGAGAUGGCAUUGCGGAAGAUCCUGCGGGAGCUGAGCUAUGAGAAGGAUGUUCUGCUAAGGGAAGAGGCUGGGUGUAAGGUAUUUGUCUGCGCCACCGACGAUACUAAUCGCAGACUGGUCCACUUGACAAGUUACCCGAGCAAAUACUGCUCGAAUGAACUCUUCAAGUCUGCGAAGGUCUAUGAAGCCGGUGCGGCUUCCUUUGCUCACUCGCCGCUUUUCGACUCCGUUAAGAUCGGGCCCAGCGGGCGGCGGUUUCAUGAUAGCAGUUUGGAAGCUAACAACCCGAUGAGAGAAGUUUGGAUCGAAGCGAGAGGCGUGUGGCCGGCGGGGGCCUUGGAGAAUCAUUUAAAAUGCAUGGUUUCGAUUGGAACUGGGGAGCCGUCGAUCAAGCGGUCUCGCAGACGACUGUUUGGCUUGGUCAAAGGGACCGAUGUCGAUAUUGUGGACCCGGACAUUGAUACGAAUCGGUUCAUUCAGGAACAUACCGAGCUAGAUGACGAGAAUCGGUUAUUCCGGUUCGAUGUUCCGAACGGCCUGGGGGAGAUUGAUCUGGAUAGUCUAGAAGAGAUGGAGACUAUCGUCGACGCCACUCACGAUUAUCUUGAAAAGGAGCUUGUAUAUAAGCAGAUACGGAGGUGUGGAAGGGCACUUAGUUGAUCUCAACUUAUGGAUAGAGUGAGAAUGACUCGGGGGCUUUUUGAUUUGGUUGGUUCCUUGCGUUCUGGUCGGCUUUUUGAAGUUUUGUGGCGGCA